GACACACCAUCGCUUGCCCAAGGUUUGAAGAACAAGAGCAACUGAGCAUUCUCCAAGAUGUUCUGCCAGCAAAACCAGCAGAAAUGCCAGCUCCCUGCCAAGUGUCGCCCCAAAUACCCACCCAAGUGCCCCCCUCAGGCCCCUCAGGCCCCGGGUCCCCACCCUGCUCCUGCCCCUUCCUGCUGUGCCCCCAGGUGCUGUGUUUCUGGGUUCAGAAGCAGCUGCUCUCUGGUGUCCCACCGAUUUCCGAGAGUCUGCCUAGACCUGGCCCAGCCUUCCAUCUGCUGUGAGAGGGAGCCCUCCGCAUGUUCCUGCAGUUGCCGUGGCCAUGGGGGCUACAGAUGACCUGCAUCCUUUGAGGAUCCCAAGAUGCACAGCCAGGGACCAGCCCGAAAUGGAUGUCACAUCUCUCUCUCAGCCUCGUUCUUCCCUCUCCUUCUGAGUUAAGCUGCCUAGAUGUGUAGGUGAUGGAUGCCGCUUUUUCCGGAGAAUCCCAGACCUCUUGGCCUUAGCUCUGGUCCUAGACCAAGAAGCCCUGAAUGCUGGAGACAACUCUGCUUCCCAAAGCCUCAUCAGUGUGCAAAAAUAAAGCUUAUC